AUGACCACCUUCCGCUCCUACCACAGUGGCGGCAGCUCUGCGACGCGGGCGGAGACGGUGGAAGUGGCCGUCGAUCAGGCGGUCGACGCGCUCACUCUCUCUUGCCGGGAGCUCUGCGCGCUGCCUCUGCAGCUGCUGGCAUCCACGAGGUUGCAGGAUACGUUAUUGGCUUUGGAUGUGUCACGCAACCGCCUGGAUGCGUUGCCGCCUUCCGGCCUCGGCGCUUUCAGGGCCUUGGACGUGCUCAACGUGAGCCGCAACCGCCUGCGCGUCAUGCCGGCUGAGCUGCCGCCAAACCUCGGCACGCUGCUGGCCUUGUCCAAUAGCUUGAGGCCGGUUGCACGGUCCCUGCCACUCGCUUCGCUCGCCGCGCUUCCGAAGCUGACGCUCCUGGACUUGCAAUACAAUGCAAAGCUGGGCGGCGAAGCGACCGCCGCCACCAUCCGCGAAGCCUUGCCCGGCGGGAUCGAGGCCUCCGCGGCGCAGCGCGACGCGACGCAGCUCCGCGCACAGCUCGAGCCGCUCUCGACGCCGCAGCUCCGCGGCCGGCUCGACCGCCUCUUCGGCGUGCCAACGCACCCCGACGACGUCGACCGCGAGCACGUCCUCGCGCGGCUGCGCGAGCGGCAGACCGUCCGGGCGGAGGGCUACAUCGUCCUGCCGCGGCCCCUCCACGGCGCCUCGGCGAGCGAGGCGCGGUACGCGAGCGAGGCCGACCCACGCGCGAGCGAGGCCGAUGCGAGCGAGGCCGAUGCGGCUCCGCGCGUCGCCGGGCGGCGGCCAGCGCUCGACGGAGGCGGCGGCGACGAGAGCCUCCUGCCAUCCGGCGGCGCCGAGCGCGCAGCUCGGGAGUCGGCCAAAGCUCGGCUCGCCGCGGCGAAGCUCCGCCGCCACGCGCGCAUCUUUGACCUCGCCUUCGAGAUCAUCGCAGGGGUUGACGCCGAGUUUGCUGGCGAGUACACGGCGAUCGCGGUCACCAAGCAGUUUGAGGGCUCGCCGCACAUCGACACGGAGAACGUGGCUCCUUUCUACGGCCUCGCGCUGGGCGACUUCACGGGCGGCGAGAUCUGUGUGGAGAGCGACGCGCUCGAGGUGACGCAAGUGGAGACGCGGAGGCGGUUGGGCAAGAUCGACGGCCGCUUCCCGCACUGGGUCGCGCCGCACACCGGCGAGCGGUACAGCAUCAUCUACUACGUCAGCAGCGGCGAGGUCGUGCCGCAAGGCCCCGCGGUCAUCGGCGGCGAGGAAGUCGCCGCCGUGAGUUAG